GACCUCCCUCAUUGGCGGCGGAUGGCGGGCUGUCUUUUGGGUGUAUUUGAUGUGCGUGCCUAGACUUGUAAUCGUGACCAGUGUCAGCCACCGCGGAUGGCGAGGGACCUGAUUGGGCCGGCGCUGCCACCCGGCUUCAAGGCCCGCGGGACAGCGGAGGACGAGGAGAGGGACUCGAGUCCGGUUGCAGGACCAGCUCUGCCCCCUAAUUAUAAAAGCAGUAGUUCAGAUUCAUCUGACAGCGAUGAGGACAGUAGUUCUUUAGAUGAAGAAGGAAAUCAAGAAUCUGAAGAUGACACUGGUCCACCUGCAAGGAAACUGAAGAGAAAAAAGGAUCGUGACAGUGAUGAUGAUGAUGACGACGAUGAUGGAUUUUUUGGACCAGCCCUUCCUCCAGGAUUUAAAAAGCCGGAUGCUUCUCCUCCAAGGCCUAUAAUAGGUCCUGCACUGCCUCCUGGUUUCAUUAAAUCUACACAGAAAAGUGACAAAGGCAGAGAUGACCCAGGACAACAAGUAUCAUCAUAUAUCAACUCUGAGGAAACAGAUAGCAGUGACGAUGAAGACAUUGUUGGACCAAUGCCUGCAAAAGGACCAGUUAACUAUAGUGUAACAAUGGAGUUUGAAAAAAGGGCCCAGCGAAUGAAAGAAAAAUUGACUAAAGGAGGUGAUGAUUCACCUAAACCAAUUACAAGAGAGUCAUGGAUGACUGAGCUUCCUCCAGAAAUGAAAGACUUUGGUCUUGGACCAAGGACUUUUAAGAGAAGAGCUGAUGACAAAUCCAAAGAUCGAUCAAUCUGGACAGAUACUCCAGCUGACCGGGAAAGGAAGGCUAAAGAAACACAAGAAGCAAGGAAGCCAUUCAGUAAGAAGGAUGAAGAACAUACAUUGUCAGGAAGGGAUAAGAGAUUGGCUGAGCAAGUAUCCUCAUACAAUGAAUCAAAAAGAUCAGAAUCUCUUAUGGACAUUCACCAUAAAAAAUUAAAGACCAAGGCUGCUGAAGAUAAAAGUAAGCCCCAAGAGAGAAUACCAUUUGACCGUGAUAAGGAUCUCAAGGUUAAUCGAUUUGAUGAAGCUCAGAAAAAAGCCCUGAUAAAGAAAUCUAGAGAACUAAACACCAGAUUUUCACAUGGCAAAGGCAAUAUGUUUUUAUAGCGGGAUUUUACUGUGCACUGAAGAAAAGCUGAAGAAUACUGUGUGUAUCCACCCUUAUUCCUUUGUUUUGGACUUCUAAACAUUAAAGAUUACACGGUCUCUUCCUGGUGAGCACACAUACUCUAUGGCAAAAACCUAAAAAAAGAGAGAUUAUGUUAAUCUUAAGAAUCAUACAAAUUAACCUUGUCCUAUCAUGUGGAAACGUAAAAAUCAAUGUUUCUUAUACGAAAUAGAAUAUUUUGUGCGUGCCUUUGGCUUCUGAGGAAGCAUGGGCUUUUCUUCAAGUAAUUAUUCUGAGGAUGCCUUCUUUCCCCCACCCUCCAGUCGCGCACCUUUGUGUAUCUCACCAGUGCCCUCUAAUGUCUGUCAGGACUGUCCACUGAAUAUCUGCAGCAGCCUGGACCUCCUCGUCAGUUGUAGCUAACCUGCCCUGGAAAAGUAGGUCAGGUCCUUGCAGUAAAUCCGUGCGUUUGAAUUGGUUGGAUUUUCCCUCUAAACUGCAGCCAGUGAAUACACGUUUACUUGAAAAUAGAGGCUAUGGGGUUUUGUCUGUCUCCUUACCAGUUUGCUUGUUUUGGCACUCAGGGCUUUUUAUUUGUUGAUUGUUUUGUUUGUUUUUAAGUCAGAAAGAGGGCUUUCUAGAUCAUCUCAUGUGCUAAGGAAAAACUGUUUUAAUUUUUCCAGUUUUAAUAACAAGUAUUAAAGGGGAAGCGGCCUGAGGAACAACACAUGCCAUGAACGUUAGUGUUAAAUCUGUAAGACUCGGCCUCUGUGAUCUCAAAGCUUUCUGACUCUUGGAACUUUGCUUGGUACCUGAUCUUACUUUUCUCAUUUAUGUAUUUAACAGUUUGUAGCUAAUUUAUUGUGGUCAGAUUUCGUUUAUCAAUCCUGAAUAGCCUUUAUUUAAAAAUCAAGGUGAUAAUCCCUGAAUGCAAAAAUGGAAAUGGAAAAUCUGUGAUUAUAACCACCGUAAUACUCUAAAUUUGUAAUGCUGUAAGUACUGCCUCUUUUGUUGUUAAACAGAAAAUUCUAAAUUGUUAAAUAAAACCUAAGUGCAAAUUCUGUAAAUUACAUUUUCUUGUAGAUAAUCCCAGUUGUUUCGCUAGUUCUUUGUUCUAGUCUGGAUGAAGUACAAGAUUUUAAUGGAGAAAAGAUUCUGUAAAUUUAUGUAAGUUUUAUGAAAACUAAGUAAACUGUUCAAAUUAUGGUGCAAAUGCUUCUCCUAGUAAUAACAGUACAAUGGUUUUCCUGUAUUAGUGGAAGCAGUAGCCUACUGAAGAAUGUUGCUAUUAAAAAGAUGAAUUAUUCUCCUAAUCAAACUGAAAGCACUUCUUGUCUAAGCAGUAUUGAACAGAGCUACCUUUUGACUAAGUAGUCAGUAAUACUUUCUGAACAUAAAACUUUGUACAAGAGUAUCCAUCAUGUCUAGUUUUGUUAUAACUUCUUUUCCCAAUGAAAGGCAAAAAUGUUUUCUAGUUUCUCAUCCCUACGUAAAUCCCUAACAAAUAUUUUUAUAAAAUUUGGUAUAUUUUAAAGUUAAAAUAUCAUCUUUGAAUACUUAUUUUUAUUUUGCUUUUCUCAUCUGAAAGGGAUGGGGUAUUUCUAUAUUUUGUGUUUAGUAUUUCUUCCCUCAUCUUUGGUGGGUUCAUGACUUAGGCAUGAGGGAGAGAAGCUUCUCCUCGCUGCCUCAUACUUCAGGAGUUACUACCUUACUCCCACUUUGGAGCUAAUGCUCUUUGGUGCCACUCUGAGAGUAAUUGUAACAAAAUAAUGCCAGUUCUAUCUUUUUGCUUCAUGGAAAGAGCAUCCAGUAUUGACAAUAACUUUGACAAUAAAAGAACAAAGUAACUAUUUGCUCAGAAUGGAAAGGUGUAUUUUUCAUUUCAUUUCCUCCUCUCUUACAAAGCUGCAAAAAGCCUUAUUAAAUCAGCUUUUCUAUACAUCUGGCAGAAAACUGAAAUGCCUGAUGUUUUCUAGUUAAGAACUUUUUAAUUUUCUGCAUUUCUUGACCAAGUUUUAUAGUACUGUGACCUCUUGAAAUUUAAAAAUAAAGACUAAACAAAUAACAUCACUACAUUCGUACAAUGGAGUAGAUACUGUAACGAUCUUCAGCUUUAAAGGUGAUAUUUAAGUCAUUGUACCUGAAAUUACAUGAUUUUG